GAAAAUUACGUUACGUUGUAGCCAAAAUUGUACGUAUUGUCAAAAUUGACGUAUUGCUAAUUCACAUCAGAUCAAUUCAGAUCGUACGAGAUUCCAGAAUUGAAUGGACCACAAAGCGAUGGCGUGGUCGAACCCCAGCUUGACGCAGGGCGUGCGAACGGGCGAGGUGGCGCCUGAUAUAAAAGCGUGGCAACGCAUCAAUUGGCCCUUGUGCAGGCAGGCGGGCAUCUUCAAGGACUGGGCGUCACGGCUGCGCACCAAGCAGGCGCUGGACUACUUCAGUCGCUCCCUCUCCAUAUGCCAGACUGAGGGGCAGGGCGCCUGCUGCAGGAACAGCCUCACGGCGCUGGACCACCACAGCUGCUACGCAACCGAGGGCAAGUACUGUCAGAUGGCCGCCGAUGCGCUGGCCAAGCGUAGCUUCUUUCGGCGGGAGAUGGCCCAGCCGGAGCUGGCGCUCGAGGAUGCCCAGAAGGCGCAGGACUUGUUGGCGCACCAGGGUAAGUCGAGGCUUAGCAACGUGCUGAACAAAUGCGACGCGAUGUUCGAAUGCAACCAGUUCGAAGAGAAUCUCAUGCAGCUCCACAUCGAGAAGCGCAACUGUCAGACCAGCACCGCCAAGCAUUGCUUCGAGUACCGAGCAACCCACACAACGAGUGUGCUCGAGGGCAGCUUGGGCGAUGCUCUGUAUCCCUUCAUGCUGCACAGCUGGCCCCUAGUCGUGAGGCUGGCGCGCUCUCGGCGCACCCCAGCGGCCUUCAUGCCGCGUCCCAUCUGGCAGCUGAGCGAGAAGCGGGAGUGCGACGUGGAGAGCCUGGGGGAAAAGGAGAAGGCGGACUACUCGCCGCUGGAGCAGGCGCAGCUCCGCAUGCGCAAGAACGCCUACAACUCCCAGUACUUGCGCCACAGCGCCCGAGAUCUGGGCAUGCUGAAGCAGCUGCAGACGAGCCUCACCCUGCCGCACCUCCAAUCUCAAAUCUCCACGCCCUACAUGACUGAGCUGCUCGCCGAACAGUCGGCCAUGGUGCACAAGUUCAUGAAGAUGAGCCACAACCGCAGCCCGCUCUAUCAAUGCAGGUAUGAGAAGUGCCGCGACACCAAGAUCUGCGAGCGCAAUCAGCAGGAGGCCCUGCUUCGCAUCGAGUACCAGACGCGGCGCGAGUGCUUCCGGAUGCUGCGCGAAGUGCGCAAGCGGCGGCAAGAGCGGAACAUCGAACGCCUGACAGACUACGUCGAGCACAUCAUGUCCACCAGCCUUUCGUUCAAGACGAAUCGCACGCUGCCCUGGAAGUGGGAGUUCAUCAACGAGGUCUACAACAUCCUGGCGCUGGCCCACAUCGAUCGCUGUGCCUUGCCGAAGAAUGUCGACUUCCUGGAUCUCCAAAACCAUUCCAUUCUCUACCUGCUGACGACGGAACGUGCUAACGGACAGAUCCCUGCCGUUAGCUUCGGCGAUCGCAAUAUUUACGCCGAAGCCGACAGAGAAAAGGCGCGACAGAGUCGCAUGGUCAAGAAAGUCGAGCGUCUGUGCAGCCGCCUGAAGCACUCGCGCUUCGGCAUAGAGCGCACGUAUCUGAAGUUCGAGAUCGCGCGCUGCCACUUGAAGACGUCCUACUUCGACAAGGCGUUGAUAAUGGCACAAAAGGCGCUGCUUGAGGCGCGCAACUGUGGCAGCACCGUUUGGCGCUUCAAUAUCACCUUUCUGAUCUGUCAGGUGUACGCGAUCUUGCACCGCUUCCGGCGACUGGGCGAGACGCUGACCUGGGCCAGCCACUUGGCCGAACGACUCAAGUCGCCCAAGCUGCGGGCCUAUUUGGCUCUCUGCCAGGCGGUCAACGACUAUCAACUAAACUUUGCACACCGCCAUGAAACGGAGCACAAUUUCAGGGACCGCAGGCGCAAACAGCCAUCGUACAGCUCAAUUGAGUCGACUGACUACACUGGGGAAAUAUCCUACUAA